GCUUAUAGCCCCGGUGUAUGUACAGAAAGUCAGACUGUGGCUGCCAUAAUCGAGUUGCAAUUUGGUAGCAACCGAGUAUGGAGGGCAGAAUGCUGCGACAGGGAUAUGACAAUAUCGAUUGCGGGCGGUUCUUGCGAAAAGACCUUUUCAUCCCCGAUGACUGCUCUCACAAACUUCACGACCACAUUGUCGGUCGACAUCGACACGACUGUUACGGUUCCUGCCAUCGACCUUACAACGAUGUUAUGUGCAGGUUCCAACCCUUGUCAGCCUGAGACUACUCUGGGUCGACCAGUUGAAGUUAAAUCUGGUGUGGCACAUGCACGUCCGAUGGUGGUGUAUUGGCAGUCAAGCGAUCUAAGUGGAUUUCCCUACGAAUAUGCGUCGUCUAUUGCUUCGGUAAUCAAUGUAACCUGGCAAAACUUCACCACAACUUCGCCUCCACCCCCGACACCAAGGGCAAAAAACUCUGGCCCGAGUCCCGGCGCCAUAGCUGGCAUAGCUGUCGGUAUUGGCGUGUUCCUUAUAGUCAGCAUCGUACUACUCCUGUAUCUCCGGCGAAGGAUGAAGCAGAAGCAGCAACAGCGUCUUCAGCAUCCGGGCAUGUCGGAAAUGGAAGGGAGUUCGAGGGGAUUGAAGCACUUCGUGGGCGGGAGAUGGCGAGCUGAGCAAGACGGAACAUCGCAGCCAGUGGAAGCUGGAUCGACAAGCGUGAAGAUCAUUCCAGGACCGCCUGUGGAGUUGGAUAGUACACCAGCAGAGAGGAGUCGAUAAUCUUCCCGGGUGCGCGACAAAGCUGUAAAUGAUUGGGAUGGAUCAAGGCUGAUGCGACAACCUCACGAGCUUUUUCAAGAGACAUUGGGCUUGUGAAAGCCAAAAUAGCACCAGUGAAGAGCAGAGUAUCGAUACCCCUUCUCCAGAUAAAAGAUAGUAACAAGAUACAGGUACAGGG